ACACGCGGCCCUGCCAUUAGCAUCCUGUUCGGCUCCUGGACGAGUUUCAUCUGUGACACCUACAUAGUCCUCGCCUGGAACAGCAGGAUAAAAAGCAGCCCUGGUGUUCACGCCUCUUCUGAUGAGCCACAUACCAGAACACGGCAGAACAGAAGGCGCGGCCACGCAAAGGAGCGCCAGAGGCAGGUGGCAGAGCAGGUGACAUCUCGACUCUCAGCUCUUUGCAGGCAGCUAUUUUAACAGAGCCACUUUACCGCAGCUAUUUUGACAUGAGGAUAUUUUGAUAUGGCCCCAAAAUUCUGCUGAUAAACG